UAGUAUACAAGCGGUUGGAAAGUUCGCCUUCGGGACUUUCUGAAAUUUUGGAGAAGUUCGCAAGUUGCAACUUUUAAAAGCGGUGAUUAAGCUUGCCAUGGCACGCAUCGUAGAGUGCGUUCCCAAUUUCUCGGAGGGACGGCAAAAAGAGGUGAUAGAAGCCAUUGCCAAUGCCAUAGCCAGCACGGAGGGCUGCAGUCUGCUGGAUGUGGACCCUGGGCCUUCCACUAAUCGCACUGUGUACACAUUUGUUGGUGGCCCUGAUGCUGUUAUUGAAGGUGCACUGAAUGCUGCUAGAGUGGCAUAUCAACUGAUUGAUAUGAGGAGACAUAGUGGUGAACACCCACGUAUGGGAGCUCUGGAUGUCUGCCCCUUCAUCCCAGUGAGAGGAGUCUCCAUGGAUGACUGUAUUGGGUGUGCCAGGGAAUUUGGGGAAAGACUGGCGGCAGAGCUCAAUGUACCUGUUUACCUGUACAAUGAGGCUGCAACAGAGGAGCACAGAAAGACAUUGCCUCAGAUCAGAGCUGGGGAAUACGAAGGACUGGAGGAAAAGCUCAUAUCCCCAGACUGGAUCCCUGACUUCGGCCCUGCUGAGUUCAUUCCGUCCUGGGGUGCCACAGCAACAGGAGCUAGGAAGUUCCUCAUUGCAUACAAUGUGAACCUGUUGGCAACCAAGGAGCAAGCUCACAGGAUUGCCCUCAAUAUACGGGAGCAGGGAAGAGGAAAAGAUGAGCCUGGGCGUCUACCCAAGGUCCAGGCCAUAGGUUGGUACCUAGAUGAGGCUAAUAUUGCUCAGAUCUCCAUGAACCUGACUGACCAUNUCUAUUUUGGAGAAGUUCGCAAGUUGCAACUUUUAAAAGCGGUGUAUAAGCUUGCCAUGGCACGCAUCGUAGAGUGCGUUCCCAAUUUCUCGGAGGGACGGCAAAAAGAGGUGAUAGAAGCCAUUGCCAAUGCCAUAGCCAGCACUGAGGGCUGUAGUUUACUGGAUGUGGACCCUGGGCCUUCCACUAAUCGCACUGUGUACACAUUUGUUGGUGGCCCUGAUGCUGUUAUUGAAGGAGCACUGAAUGCUGCUAGAGUGGCAUAUCAACUGAUUGAUAUGAGGAGACAUAGUGGUGAACACCCACGUAUGGGAGCUCUGGAUGUCUGCCCCUUCAUCCCAGUGAGAGGAGUCUCCAUGGAUGACUGCAUAGGGUGUGCCAGGGAAUUUGGGGAGAGACUGGCGGCAGAGCUCAAUGUACCUGUUUACCUGUACAAUGAGGCUGCAACAGAGGAGCACAGAAAGACAUUGCCUCAGAUCAGAGCUGGGGAAUACGAAGGAUUAGAGGAAAAGCUCAUAUCCCCAGACUGGAUCCCCGACUUUGGCCCUGCUGAGUUCAUUCCGUCCUGGGGUGCCACGGCAACAGGAGCUAGGAAGUUCCUCAUUGCAUACAAUGUGAACCUGUUGGCAACCAAGGAGCAAGCUCACAGGAUUGCCCUCAAUAUACGUGAGCAGGGAAGAGGGAAAGAUGAGCCUGGGCGUCUACCCAAGGUCCAGGCCAUAGGUUGGUACCUAGAUGAGGCUAAUAUUGCUCAGAUCUCCAUGAACCUGACUGACCAUGAGGUGACCCCUAUACACCAAGCUUAUGAGGAAAGCUGCAAGGAUGCUCAGGAAUUAAACAUAGCAGUGGUGGGGUCUCAGAUAGUAGGUCUGGUCCCCCUGAGGGCCAUGCUGCAGGCGGCAGACUACUACUGUGAGAAGGAAGGGUUAUUUCUGCUGGAGGAGGAUCAGAAGAUCAGACUAGUCAUUAAUCGUCUAGGUUUGAGUUCCCUUGGUGGUUUCAAUCCCAAGGAAAGAAUUAUAGAAUAUAUGAUCUCAGAAGAAAGUGAUGGCCCCCUGGUGAGCAUGGAUCUGCGUGAGUUUGUUUACACUGUAGGGGGCAGGUCUGCAUGUCCUGGUGGAGGGUCUGUCUCUGCUCUCAUUGCUUCACUGGGGGCAGCUCUUGGCACCAUGGUUGGCUUCCUGUCCUAUGGUAAUAAGAAGUUUGCACAUCUGGACAGCACCAUGAGAAAACUGAUCCCUCCCCUGUACCAAGGCAUGAAGGAAAUCUUGCCCUUUGUGGAUGCAGAUGCUGCGGCCUUCAAUCAGUAUAUGAUAGCCACCAAACUGCCUCACAACACUGAGGAGGAUGCAGAAAUCCGUACAGCAGCUAUGAGACAGGCAUUGAUGAUGGCAAUCAGAGUUCCUAUGACAGUUCUCAAGGCCAUUAAUAAACUGUGGCCUACUUUGUCUGAGCUGGCCAAGGUUGGGAAUCUGAACUGCAAGUCUGAUCUGCAGGUUGGAGCCAGAAGUCUUGAGACUGGUGCAUGGGGAGCAUACUACAAUGUCAUGACCAAUCUCAAAGAUGUCGAAGAUGGGGAGCUGAAAACCAAGGUCAAUACUGAGGCAGAUGAGGAACUGAAGCUGGCUCAAGCAGGUUGUGCUGAGGUGUUGGCCAUCUUGGAUGCCAGAAAUGAGUAAAAUAAUGAACUUACAUUGGACCAAACUACUGCAAGUACUUGCAUGGAUGUCAUUUUGGGGCAUGAAGUGUUUUCAGUGUGGUUUUUGAAUCUGGAUUGCAUUUGGUUUUACAUGGAAUGCCAUUAUGUCACUAGUAUCAUUUACACCUGUAUGAAAGAUCUAAUAAUUUCGGUAAUUAUGAAGACACCCCUGUAACUGCAUAUAAAUUGGGGAAACAGAAAAAGAAGAAAAAAAGAAACAUUCCAUUGGACUUAAACUUAAGCAAGUGACUUUCAAGAAAAUGUAUUUUUUCAUUGUUAGUUUAAUAUAUACAUAAAAAG